AUGGCGGAGAGAGGAGGGGGCAAGUGGCUGACUCUUGAAAAAAAAACAAGAAAUAGCGCUAUUUAAUGAAGAUUUUUGAAAUAGUUAUUAUUUAAACAGUUGACCAUCGUUUUGGAGGAUGGACCGUGUUUAGACGUGGGCAAAGGUUUAAGCUGAAUGCAUUGUGAUUUCCAAUAAUUGAGACAGUGAUUUCUAAAAAGCUGUCUACAUUAAUGAAAAGAACAAUGUAGUCGGCUUAGCAUGCUCAAGCAACCAAGUGUUUAUGUCCAUGUGGUGUUUUUAGGUGUACGUUUGGGCUUUGAUUGAUUUAGUUUUUAGCACUUAAUUAAGGUAGACUGAUUUUUUUUCUAAACAGGGUUCGUUAUAUAUAUAUUAUUAUUGUUUGGAUGAUGGAUGUUGGUGAAUUUGUGCCUCCUCUCCCUCUGGAGCCUCCUAAUGAUGAAAUGUCAGGAAACGGUAAAUGUAAAGCUCCUCCACCACCUCCCCUGCAAACGUCCAGUGACGCCGAGGAAAUGGACGUUAGCUCCGGCGGUGAUGGACCCUCGUUGGCGCCGGCCGAGGACAACGAUGUUCCGCUCCUCACCAAGGGCUCGGCAUCUUUUAGCAGUCGUGUGUUACAUGGCGACUUGUGCCCAGGCACUGGGCGCCACGCUCCCCCUGUCACCUCCUUCCUCCCUGACCUUAGGCUCCUCCGAGAUGUUAAGAUCAGCGUCAGCUUCGGAGGAGACGGCGGCGGCGGCAGCAAGGGCAAAGACAGAAAAGUGUUAUACACAGGGCAGGGUCAGAUAGACGAGCAGCAGCUAGAGAACGGGAAGGCGCGUGGUAGUGCAGGAGAGGGAACGGGACAGGGAGACAUGAGCGUAGAACCUGAGGCUGAGCAGGAGAACAAGGUUGAGUUCGCUGUGCUGGAUGAGCUGGAGGAUUUCAGCGAGAACUUCCUGGAGGCGGAGGACGGAGAGGAGAGCGAGUACACGUCAGAGAUGAUCGUGCAGCAGCAGCAGCAGGCCAACGACGAGGACCACAUUUAUGCCUACGAGGAUGACUUUGACAAUGAUGUAGAUGCGCUGUUAGAGGAAGGCAUGCCAGUGCCCAAGAAGAUGCGUCUGGCCGAGGAUAAAUACGCAGCAGACAGCGAUCAUCAGUCUGAUACGGAGCAGGGUGUCCAGCCCAUGAUUACCAAAAUUAAGACUGUUCUCAAGAGUCGAGGGCGUCCACCUACAGAGCCUCUUCCUGACGGAUGGAUCAUGACAUUCCAUAACUCUGGCAUUCCAGUCUACCUCCACCGGGAGACCCGAGUCGUGACCUGGUCCAGACCUUACUUCCUUGGAACUGGAAGCAUCAGGAAACACGACCCUCCUACCAGUAGCAUACCAUGUUUGCACUAUAAAAAAAUGAAGGAACAAGAAGAAAGGGAGCAGAACGGAGAAGUCAUGCCCAACGUGUCUCCUGUCAAAGACGGCGAGGACGGAGACGCCCAGGAGAUAACCGAGGAGCCUGAUUCUACAGCUCCAGAGGGAGCAUGUGACGAGUCCAACCUGGACACGAUGGACAGCCAGCCUGAGGGGAAAGACGGCCAGGGGGGCGAGACUGCACAGGGAGCGCUGGGGCAGGUCAAAGCCAAGGUGGAGGUGUGCAAGGACGAGUCAGUCGACAUCGAGGAGUUCCGCAGCUACCUGGAGAAGUGCUUUGACUUUGAGCAAGUGACGGUGAAGAAGUUCCGCACGUGGGCGGAGCGACGGCAAUUCAACAGGGACAUGAAGAGGAAGCAGGCGGAGUCUGAGAGGCCCAUCCUCCCGGCCAAUCAGAAGCUCAUCACGCUGUCGGUGCAGGACGCGCCCACUAAGAAAGAAUUUGUCAUCAACCCUAACGGAAAGUCCGAGGUUUGCAUCCUACACGAGUACAUGCAACGUGUGCUCAAGGUCCGACCAGUUUACAACUUUUUUGAAUGUGAAAACCCAAGUGAACCCUUCGGAGCUUCGGUUAUUAUAGACGGAGUCACAUAUGGGACAGGAACAGCGAGUAGCAAAAAACUCGCCAAGAAUAAAGCUGCUCGAGCCACGCUGGAGAUCCUUAUCCCUGACUUUGUGAAGCAGACGGCUGAGGAGAAGCCAGUAGAAGGGGACGAACUGGAGUAUUUUAACCAUAUCAGUAUUGAAGACUCGCGAGUGUAUGAACUGACCAACAAAGCAGGCUUACUGUCACCUUACCAGAUCCUUCACGAGUGCCUUAAGAGAAAUCAUGGGAUGGGGGACACCAGCAUCAAGUUUGAGGUCAUUCCGGGGAAGAACCAGAAGAGUGAAUACGUGAUGACGUGCGGGAAGCACAGCGUACGCGGAUGGUGUAAGAACAAGAGAGUGGGGAAACAGCUGGCCUCUCAGAAGAUCCUCCAGAUGUUGCACCCUCAUGUGAAGAACUGGGGCUCUCUCCUGCGCAUGUACGGCAGAGAGAACAACAAGAUGGUGAAAAAGGAAAAUUCAGACAAGAGUGUGAUUGAGCUGCAGCAGUACGCCAAAAAGAACAAGCCCAACCUCCACAUUCUGAACAAACUCCAAGAGGAGAUGAGGAAACUGGCUAGAGAGAGGGAGGAGACGCGAAAGAAGCCCAAAAUGACGGUGAUGGAGUCGGCACAGCCCGGCAGCGAGCCUCUGUGCACCGUCGACGUCUAGCAAAACAAAACCUUUACUGACCAGCUCACUCACACUGAAGAUAUUCGAGAGAGAAAAAGGAGAGAGGGGGAAAAAAAAAAAGCAAGCACUGAAGGUCACUUCAUUGCCGUUGCACGUAAAUAAAUGAUAAAUUAUGCAGUUAGCGCGAAAAGGCAAUACUAGCUCCGUUUUAUCAGACACAAGGGUUCAGUUUGUCUGAAUCUCAGCAGCGUGUGAGGAACUUUAAUUUAAUCAGAAUGAAUCCGAUGCACUAGCGGGUGACACGGCAUCGUACACCGCCUGAUGCAUUCUUUAUACAAAACUCGCCGUCACUUAUCUCUCAUAAAUGAAGUACGCACUCGCGUGUGGUGUCUGAAUGCUUGCGUUUGGAGUUUAUAUGUUGUGGCUGCUUUUUUUUUUUUUUUUUUUUUUUUUUUUAAGAUAUACAGAUUUUGAUUUAAUAAAGGUUUUCCUCUUGGACAUUUCACGUUUUGUUCUACAUUCGCGAUUAUGGAUUUUGGUAAAACGUAACACAAGUUGUGAGGUAUGAUGACGAGAACACACCAGUGUGAAAUCCGCUUCCUGUCUCAACCAGAUCAGAUUCUGUGUGUAGCAGCACAAAAGUUUGAUUGAUUUAGCUUUGGGGUGGAGUCACCUUGGACCUGCCAACUUUUUUAAUCGAGUUACAAAAGUCCUCAUUGAAAUAGAUCCUUUUUUUUUUUUUUAAAGGCAGAUUUUAUUUUUUAAAUAAUUGACAUGAAUCUGGAGUGAGUGAUAGUUGUGUAAGUCUUCUUUUAAAGCUCUCUGAUAAUAACUGAUGCCAUUUGGAAGCCCCGCCCCUUUCCCUCUUAUCUGAUGUGCUCUAGAAUCCUUUCCAUAUCCAUUUGACUUUUUUUUUUUACGUCAUUUGUGAUCAUUCUAAAAUGGACAUUCGCAAGUGGAGUUGUCAGUUUUUGUGUCGCACUUUUAACAGCAGACGUUGUCACAAAGCAGCUUUGUAGAAAAUUUAAGACUUUAAACGUCAGCUAAUUUUAUCCCUAAUUUAAUAGAGAAAAUAAUCUGUAUCGCAGAAGUCUCCUCCUAAUAAAAACCAGAAUAUUUGAGUUCCUUAAUGUAAAAGUUUCAGUUAAUAUUAUUUAUUUAGCCUUGAUUAUGACACUAGAAAUGGUCCAAAAAAUUACUUGGAAAAUUUGACUCAGCAUUACAAUGAAGUUUAGAAAUUCACAUUGCAUGUACUUUUAAAAAAUAAUAAUAAUAAUUUGCUGUACACAUUGUUUUCCCAAUAUAGGAAGAAGGAAAGUGUUCAGGCUUGUGUGGGGUGUUUUUAAUUUAAAUAACCUUUUUGCUUUGAAAACGUGUGUUUUAAUGGCUUUCUGUGGGGGCGGGAACACGUAAUCCGUGACGACUGUUGCUUUGUUUCAGCACGUGACCUGUUUUGAAAAAUAUUUCUAAAGAAGCAGAAACCCGGCGUACAUUUCGCAGGUCCUUCACAGGAACUGUUAUCGAUACAAAGAUACUUUUGUAGUUUGAUUCAGCAAAGAAACCAGGAGGUUCUGAGGUUUAACCCAAUUCAAUAAUGCACAUUUACUUAGUGACCUAAUAGCAGAAAGAGCAAAGACAAAUUGUGUGCUAAUAUUUUUUUGAAAUGUUACUCUGAGUCGCAUUCAGACAAGCUGUGUUUAUACGCCAUGAGACUUUUUUUCCACAUGUGGACACGCUGCACAAGCUUCAGUGUCUUUAGUUCAGCCAAAAAACAAAUAAACAAAAAAAGAUGCAUUUCCCUGUCCAUCUCGUACUUGUGUAUUAUUAAGCAUGAACACACACCGCUGUUCCUGUUAGUGAGCGUGCCUUCAAACCUGCAACAAGCUCAAACGCUUUCUGGAUUUUCUAGAUCACUAAACGGUAGAUUUGAGAUGCAGAUCAUGACAGCAUAACGUUUUAAGAGCGAGCCCGAGCACGUCCGUGUGUUUAACAUCGUUAAAUGUUUUACAGUUGGACCUGAUGGACAGGAAGGUCUUUAGCUCUGAUGUGCUGUCUAGUGAUUGUUGCUUUUCUUCAGGAUGUCCAUCAGGCACACAGAGUGUGAAUAAUAGAUGAUGAUGCCUCAACGCGUGCGCACACAAUACAGAAUCAUGCAGUAGAUCUAAACCAGGCUUCUGUGUGUGGUGUGGGGUCGUAUCACACCAUCCCAGCAUCCAUUGAUUUGAUUUGAUUUUCUUAUAACAGCACAACACGUCCCGCUUUAGCCUAGGAAAACCAGUGUAGGGAAUAUUGCUUUGUUUUUUCGUCACUUGGUUUACUGAUAAAUUGUUCACGUGUUAGUCGUCCGAUCUUAAAUACCUGAGGUUUAAAAGGGUGUAAAGUGCUGAAGGUUUGAGGUUGGUUGUGUGCAAAAAUGUUUAGGAACCCGUGCAUUAGGAGCUGCGCUUGACCACCAGCGGUCAUGGAUGUGUAUCGUUGUUAAAGUUUAGUUAUGAACUUUUUUUUUUAAAAUACUGGUGGUUAUCCUACAAAACAAACAAACCAACCAACGCAGUAUCUACACACGCUAGUGUUUAGCUCCUGAGAUUAAUCCUCCCUCAACAGGACAGACUGCAUGUUGUUCCUCAUCAGGGUUGGCAGGUCUGAGACCAGAAUGCACCAAGGUGUUUUUUUUCCUUUCAGGGAAAAGCAGGAUAAUACAUAUCAGUGAGCAUGCUUGGGGCGGGGGGGGAACACCACCACCCCCACCACGCUGCUCGACCAAGAAUCUUGCUUUCCUUUUAGCCUUCAGUACUGCAGAGAAAGCACAAGGGCUUGGAGCAUUAAACCCUUCUCUCGCAGAGGAGCUGUUACAGAGACAUGGAGGAAAAAAAAAAUUGGCUUUUUUAUACUCGGCGCUUACAUUCUGUGCCAUUUCUCAUGUAGGAAACUAAGUGAAGCUACCUAGAUCUGUAUUUGCUGUGGAAUAGAAUACUGCUGUUUCCUGGAGGAGUUUGAGUUCAGUGACUCAAAUGGUGUGUUUUUUUUUUUUUUUGCUUCAUUGUGACUUAUUUUAGAAACAAAGAGAAGAUUAAAAGGUACCCUAUACCUCGAUCAAAAUUAAAAAAAAGAUAAAGAUGAGAUGAAGUGUAAAAAAACAAACAUGUGAACCAAAGCUUAACCUCUUAUGCAUUUUUAUAGUAUGUAGGAUAUUUUUAUCAGUGUUUGUGUUGAUGGAGAGGUGACUGAGGGGGAAACAACGCAAUAACUGCUGGAACAAGUGCUUUUUUUUUUUUUCUUUCCCCAUUGCUUUUUCUGAAUGUUUACCAUGUUUGUACAUGAGCACAAAACCGCCGCUGUCGCUGCUAUGAGUGUGAACGUGUGCACGCGCGCGCUGCUUCAUCACAGCCACACUUCAGUGCUUGUCCUGUUGCUCUCCAAAACGUGUUUGCUGUGAGGAAAAUCACGUGCACUUCACAAGAUGCCCAAGUGCUGGCGUCAGGUUUUUUUUUUUCCUUCUCCCUUUUCACUUUGGAACAACGCUGCCUAACAAAAAAAAAAAAAACUGAAUUUGUGACUUAUUUGAUCACUCAGUAAGUGACUUUAUGCAAAUGAAUAAACGUGUCAUGACUAA